AUGGAUGAGCGAUCAAGGCGGUAUCUGCCCCCAAUAUGGCACGAUGACCUGGCGAUGCAAGGAUAUAUGAGUGUUAUUAAGGCUCGCGCUAUAAAUCCUAUCGACCAUGACCGGAAAAUAAAGUUCUGGACUGAUUUGAUAUCAACGUCUUGUGAAGCGGAGGGAAAUGCCAUUAUAAGCGUAGAUUCACUGAAGAAACGAUUUCGACGAGGUGAUCAGGUGCCAUCGAGUCUCAACGUUGUUGUAGAACAUUUGAGCAAGUAUGGUGUGCUGAUGCCGCUGUCCAAAUGGCAAGAACAGCAUUCCUCCUGGGUGGGAUGGGGUUUCUCCCAGUUAACUAAGACUUCCGGUUGGCUUUUCGGAAAUGCCAAGUCGACGACUGGUGAACGCUUCAUUCAUCUGCCAACGAUAAAGGUAUUUGUUACGUAUCAGUUCCUUAUUCCUAUAGAAUCUGAUACUCAGGUGCAAGCGGAUAAUCUGAUGAAAUUGUACAGCAAUGAGUUCCAGUCUGAAAUCGACGGAACGGGUAGUAUCAUUGCAUACUCCACAUUUUAUGACAGAGCUGCUGAUAUUGUUUUCGAACGAAAGGAAAACUUUGACAUUGUGCUUGCUCACCUUUCUGACAGAGGUGACGUCACUGUUGGACAGGGACGCAACGGCGAGCAGAUUUUAAAGUUUAGGGACACAACAAGCGAGGAACCAGUCCGUUUCACCGAGGCUGAUGCUAGCGUGCACGAUAUCAGGAAGGCAAUGUCGAAAAUUGAAAAAGAAAUAUCCGUUCUUGAACGAAAAGUUGAAAAGUUGGAUGGUGAUUGUCGGGCUGCUCUGAGAAACCAUGAUAAAACCAGAGCAGCAAAUCUAUUACGUCAGAAGAAACGCCUACAGAAAGAUAUAUCUGAUAAAGACGUCCAAUACCAACGAUUAUUGACUAUGUUACAACAACUCAGUGCUACAAAGGUAAAUUUUCAAGCUAUUGGCCAAGCCAUAGUGCCGAAACAACACGACGACGAAGAUCUCGAGAAGGAACUGAAUGAAUUAAUAGCUAAGCAAAAACCAGUCCCUGCAUUACCGAGGGUUUCGUCAGACAAGUUGGUCCCAUCGCUUCCUGAAGUACCGUCAAAUACCGUUGGCUAUCGUGAACUCGAUGAAGAUGAUGCGAUGAGCCUUGAGAAAAGGCUGGAACGACUGCGGUCGGCUAUGUGA